AUGCGUCAGGACAGCCGCAGCUGCCCAGCCGACGGUGGCGAGAGAGUGGCGUACCUUUUGCUACGGGAGCCACCAUGCUUAUUGAAUCGUAUGACGACGUGCGACACGGCACAAAGCAGAUGAGGGUGUGAGGAUGGCUUGGAGAAAGAGGAAGCGGAGGAAGAAAGAGAACAAAUAUGGAGAAAGUCGCAGCCUGACGGCAAGCGUGGUGAGGUGUGCAAGUGAUCCAAGGUCGAGAGCAACAGCUUAUCCGGCGGUCCCAGCUCGUGCCGCAACCGGGGCUUUGCUGUGGCUUAGCCCCGAAUGGCCUGCUGCGGGGAACAUCCGGAGCACGCUAGCCUCUUGGGGAAAUGCUGAGAGCAUCCUUUGUGAAGUCAACCAUGUCCUCCGUACAUUCAAUCCCGGAUACAACCGGCCAGCUGGUCGGCACCUUCAUACCCUUAAUAACAAGGCAUUCAUCGCUGCUGGGCAGCGAACCGUUUUAACCAGUCUGGACUGUUCGAUACGUCCAUGGAACUGGAUGUACAUUCAACCACCAAUAAGCCUUGGCGAUAAGUGUGCGAAAUACAAAGUCCCCAAAACUUCGCCUCUACAUGAAGCUUCUAAGCGCCCAAAUGGCCUGAUCUUGCACUCGCUUGCCGCCCCCUGAACAGGUUAUCGGUGAUCCGGACUUAAAUGUAGGCACUAUGCACGGA